CAUGUGACCAUUUCAAGAUGGCCGCGCCCUCAGUUUGGCGACAUGGCGUUGUUCAUUUUGUAACAACACAGUGUCAGUCAGUGUAAAACAGCUUGUCAAAGCCUGCACACUCUUAUUCAAAUCUUCCUUUGACGCUGGCAAUAAUGGAUAAAGACAGCUUGAUUCUCCCCGAAGACUUUCCAGAGCUGAAGAACGACACAUUCCUCAGAGCCGCUCGAGGAGAAGAGAUCGAGCACAUUCCAGUGUGGUGCAUGAGACAGGCUGGCCGCUAUCUGCCAGAGUUCAGGGAAUCGAGGGCAGGGAAGGAUUUCUUUGAGACAUGCCGCUCUCCUGAAGCUUGCUGUGAGCUGACGUUACAGCCCCUCAGACGAUUCCCAUUUGAUGCUGCCAUCAUCUUCUCUGACAUCUUGGUGGUCCCUCAGGCCAUGGGAAUGGAGGUCCAGAUGAGUCCAGGAAAGGGCCCCACUUUCCCAGAACCACUGAAGGAGCCUGAAGAUCUGCAGAGACUAAAGACUAAAGUGGACGUGUCGUCUGAACUCGACUACGUUUUUAAAGCCAUCACACUGACACGACACAGAAUCGAGGGAAAAGUGCCUCUCAUCGGCUUCACUGGAGCUCCGUGGACUCUGAUGUCCUACAUGAUUGAAGGAGGAGGCUCUGCGACGCACUCAAAAGCUAAACGCUGGCUCUACAGGUUCCCAGAGGCCAGCCACAAACUCCUGAGCCAGCUAACAGACGUCAUAGUGGAGUAUCUUCUCGGACAGGUGAAAGCUGGAGCUCAGGCUCUGCAGGUUUUCGAGUCUCAUGCUGGUUGCUUGGGCCCGGUGGAGUUUAAAGAGUUUUCUCUGCCUUAUCUGAGAGACAUUGCUCGUCGUGUCAAAGCCAAGCUCAAAGAAUCUGGUUUGGACAAUGUGCCUAUGAUCGUUUUUGCUAAAGAUGGUCAUUAUGGGCUCGAGGACCUCUCUGAGUCUGGUUAUGAAGUUGUGGGUCUUGACUGGACCAUAGAUCCUCGUUCAGCACGUAUCCGGACGCGAGGAAAAGUUAGUUUGCAAGGCAACAUGGAUCCCUGCGCACUUUAUGCCACAAAGGAGCGCAUAUCAGAGAUUGUGAAGAGGAUGUUGGAGGGCUUUGGCACCAAGGGCUACAUCGCUAAUCUGGGCCAUGGCCUGUACCCUGAUAUGGACCCAGAAAAUGUGGGCGCGUUUGUAGACGCCGUUCACAUCCACUCUCGCCAGCUCCUCAACCGCAAAUAAGAGGUUCCUCUCCCGUCAGGAGACCUGAACACAAGAGAAACAGCAACUGUUGGUGUGCAUGGCUUUAUCAUUAGAUAUGUCACCGGGUGAACCUCUCAAGAAAAUGUGUCAAGAAAAUCUCCAGUUAUAUUUCACUCCAAAACGAAAAGAAAUAAGAAAAUCGUUUUGGCUUAAUGAGAAAGGACCAUUAAUGCUUUACAUUUCAAAUUCUCUCUAAACGUAUGCAAAAAAAAAAAAUAUAUAUAUAUAUAUCAUUCACAGUAUCUAACAUUUCAAUGAAAAAAAGCUGUUUUUUUAAAUACUGCAUUACAAUAAUAAUCAUAUAAUGAUAUUUCAACACCGUAUAACUUCAAGAUGUAUUACAGUGAGAAUGUAGGGGUCAAAUAUGCUUAAAUGCCAGAUAUCUUAGUUAUCUCAAAUGUAGGCUUCAUUUUCUUUAUGCAAAAUGCUAUUUCCUUUUUUUUCUGAUUUUGUGGUGAAAUAUGACCCAGAUAUUUCCUGACAGGCUUUUGAGAGAUUCGCCCAUAAGGCUGUUCCCGACUCAUUUCAGUGAUUAUGUAGGCCGUCUUUCUAUUAUACCUACUUUUUUUAUUAUUUUUAUAAUGGCUCCACACCAAUCCAUCUAAUCUUUAAUAUAAUUUUCAGUCGAAACAUGUCUUUCUCAGUUGGAUUGAUGUGUUUUCAUUAGGGCCGAUGCACUGUACGAUCACUGAAGAAUGUGAGGGAUCAAAUCCGAUCCGAUCAAAUCCUAAGCGCUGUAUGGGUUUGUUUUUGAUGGAGUACCACAGUAACAUCUGGGCUUGACGUGACUGACACCAGUGAAUCUCUGAGAAUGUGUGUACAUAUCAAUGGAUGUUUUAUAUGAAGCGCAAUAAAGAGUAAUUCCUUUAAUGACAAA